AAACAGGAAGUUUAAACAGCACGCUUCAUUUUUUAGCCCACAUGAUCACACGUUACAGCUGCUGUCGUCAGUAUUACACAUCGUAAAUGCCGACGACUGAGCCGCCAUGAUGGCAGGAGGCCGGCUGAGCUUCAGUAAAAUCACCGCCCUGGCUCCGAUGGUCCGGGUGGGGACUCUGCCCAUGAGGCUGCUGGCUCUGGACUACGGAGCUGAUGUGGUUUACUGCGAGGAGUUGAUCGACAUCAAAAUGGCCCAGUGUCAGAGGGUGGUGAACGAGGUGCUGGAGACGGUGGAUUUUGUCGCCCCAGAUGAUCGAGUGAUGUUCAGGACCUGUGAGAGAGAGAAGGACAGAGUCGUCUUCCAGAUGGGGACUGCUGACCCGGACAGAGCGCUGACAGUGGCCCGGCUCGUGGAGAAGGAUGUGGCCGCUAUCGAUGUGAAUAUGGGCUGUCCAAAAGAAUACUCCACUAAGGGCGGGAUGGGAGCUGCUCUUCUGUCAGAUCCCGACAAGAUUGAGGCGAUCCUCAAGAAGCUCGUCACAGGAGUUUCCAUACCGGUCACGUGUAAAAUCCGAAUCCUUCCAUCGUUGGAGGAGACGGUCAGUCUGGUCGAGAGGAUCGAGAAGACGGGCGUCGCUGCUGUUGCUGUUCACGGCAGGUUCAAGGAGGAGCGUCCCCGUCACCCCAUCCACUGUGAUUACAUUCAGGCUGUCGCUCAGGCUGUUUCCAUCCCUGUUAUUGCCAACGGAGGUUCUCUGGAUCUGGUGAAGACUCACUCUGAUAUCGAGGAGUUCAGGAAGGCGACGGGCGCCUCGUCGGUCAUGUUGGCUCGUGCCGCCAUGUGGAACCCAUCAGUGUUCAGGAGUAAGGGACUACUUCCUGUGGAGACGGUCAUGGAGGAGUACCUCAAAUAUGCGAUCCGGUACGACAAUCAUGUCUUCAACACAAAGUACUGUCUGUGCCAGAUGCUGAGAGAUAAGGUGGAGUCUCCUCAGGGGAAGCAGUUGCAUGCGUCUCAGACCAACGCAGAAAUCAGCGAGGUGUACGGGCUGCAGGAGUUUUACCAGCAGACCGAGGAGCAGCUGCAGGCCAGGAGGGAUGCCCCGCAGAGCAGCAGCCAGCCGGACCGACUUGUGAUGGACGGAGACGUCGCCACCAUGGCCAUCAAGUUUGAGCGGAGGGAGUAUCCUCCUCAGGUCACUCCCAAGAUGUUCCUGCUGGAGUGGAGCCGCAAGGAGAAGCUGGAGCAGCCGCAGUAUGAGACGGUGCAGCGUUCUCGGGAUCGAGCCUUUCAGUCCACCGUGACUGUAGCAGAGAAGAAAUACAGAUCUUCACUGUGGGAGAAGUCGAAGAAAUUUGCCGAACAAGCAGCCGCCAUCGUCUGCCUGCGAGCUCUUGGAAUACCAGAGGGUCGCAUUAGUGAGGAAGACUCCGGCCUGGUCUGCAAGAGGAAGAGGGAGAGGAAGAUGAAUGGCACCACAGUGGAGGAAGGGAGCAAGAAGCGACAUCUGGUGGAUGGUAUCCAACAGGAAACAGACAACUCAAAGACUGCUGCAGUGGCCAACGGUGACCAUCACAAACCGGACACGCCUCCAGAACAACCGUAGAGUUCAUGAACAGUUAAAAACAGGAGGACGAGAAGCUUCUGUGACCACUGACGGACGUUUGGGUGAACUGGAAAAAAAAAAUCAAGGGAUUUUAAAAAGCAACUUUAUUUGUUUAUUUCUCUGCACCAAAAAGCUCCUCAGUUCAUUUUUGACCUGCGUCGUCUUCGGUCCAUAUGUUUAUGAUAAUCCUAAAAAAUGAACUUUAGGUUUUUUUUGCUCUCAAACUCAAAACAGCAGCUGCUCGACUGAAUUUUCCAUCCUUUAAGUGAUCUUGUCCUCUGCCCACAGUGUAAGGAGCUCCUUGACAUCAUCGUUCUCUUAAAUUGUGGACAUAUUCAGCCACUGUAAUUCUUUGUCUGAGUUAGCUGCUAACUGCUACCACCUACUUUUUAGGGGCUGUACACAUGCCCCACAUUUCCACCUGGAAAAUGCGGAGUCAGGCAUUGGGUGCUACUCUUGUGCCUACUCUGCGCGCUCUUUCAGGGCUCAGAGGCAAGGUUUGUCUGACGUUGCUAAGCGACCAUAACAAGCACCGUAUCAUAGGCUACUUACCUGAAAUCCGGAGUGCUGAGCUGAUCUUCUUCCAGGAGCUGUUUGUGUGUAGACAAAUGUGAAGCUCUGGCAGCUUUGCACUAACAUGAUCAACUUCUCUAUAUUUAUCACGGACUGAAGAGAAAGAUAUCUGUCGGCUGUGAUUGGUUGGUCCUCGUCACAUGACGUGCAGUGUGCACUGCUGCGUCCCAAAAGUUAAACUCUGUUUAUCUCAGGGUGCACCACUGAAAAAUAGCCACCAUGGAACGUGUGUGCCGCAUGUCAUGUGUCAUGUGAUGCUUAGCUCUAGUGUUUGAGCGCGCCUGCCGCAUGUCUACAUUGAAAACAGUGAAUUUGAUGGCGCAAAAAACACGGCAUGUAUACGGCCCCUAUUUCCCGCUCGUUGCACGUAUAACAUGUCGAUAAAACAUCACACCUGUGCCACCCAUGAUCCAGUCCUGCCGGCUGCCCCUUUUACACAGACAUUGUUACGGGGCUGUUAAUACAUCAGCUGCUGGCUUACAGGCGAGACAACUCUGUCCCCCCAUUCUGUGAUCAUACAUUUUAUACAGAAUGGUGAGGCGGAAUAAUGGUGUGAUGGUCCAGUUUGAACAGGCUGUGUGAAAGGGGCUCCUGUGACUCCUGUGACAUGUUGACCAGUGUUACAAAGAAUUUCUUCCUGCCUAAAACAUAGGAACACGCCUGGUCUCAGAAAAAUGUAAUUAUUAUCACGAUGUGUUUUCAGCGUGAAUGUCUCAAAAUAAUGAGAAGCUUUUGAGACAGUUUCACAUGAAUGACUCACAGGAUCUAAUUUUUUUUCAUCACAUUGGCAGAAAUGUUCAAACUGGGAUCUGCCCAGUGCAUAUUACAGUCUUCCACUUGGUCUGAUGGGAGAGACUCGGCAUUGUUCACACUUCCUGAUUUUUUUAUUUUAAGAAUAAAAGCAUUGUUGUUUUUUUUCGCUGGUAACUGAGAUGUGCAUUUGCAGCCAGCAGGAGGCAGAGCUGAACCUUCACCCUUUCAGAUAUUUCAGAAAUUAAUUUUAGCCUUGGUGCCUUAACAGAAGAACUUUUAUUUUUAAAUCCUGAUUCUGGAUGGACCUUAAACUCAUCAUGUGUUUCUUGAUUUCAUCCUUUAGUCUCUGCUGUACACGACUGAUAUCGUCUUAAGUUUAACUGGAUUUGUCGUCAGUACGGUUCACUGAAGUAGAAAAUAUGGUGCCAUAAAUUUCAGUUUGUACCCACCUCUGGGUCUUAUCUGUAAAAGCGUUCACUUGAAAAACCCUCCACCUCCUGCAGACACUGUUGGUUUCAUGCUGUGUUAUAAUAUCUGAUUGUGUAGCUGCAGUCUGAUGGAGUUAACAUCUUAACUCAGUAUAUUAAAACCACAUGUAAGAGACAAACUGUUGUAUUCAGGUGACGUGUUCCUUCAUUCUGAUGAACAAAACCAGCCUGAGCACAGCGAUAAAAUGAUUAAAUGACAGGUAUUUUAAUAAUAAUUAUUAAUUAAUUUUAAUUUUAAUUUAAUGCAGCCUUUGAUCUGAUGCAGUGGUGGAAUAUAACUAAGUACAUUUUAAGUGCUGUACUUAAGUAUACAUUUGAGGUACUUGUACUUUAUUUUCUUUGCAUGCCAUAUUAUACUUGCCCACUAGAGGGAAAUAUUGUACUUCAUUACAUUUAUGUGACAGCUUUAAUUUCUUUAUAAAUUAUGAUGUUACAUACAAAACAUCCAAAGAGUGUCUAAAAUAUUAAUUAAAAUACAAGUACAGCUGAAACAGUUAGUGCAUUAAUCAAUUAGUCGACAGAAAAAUGCUUUUCUUCUUCUUCUUCUUCUUCUUCUUCUUCUUCUUCUUCUUCUUCUUCGUAGUAGUAGUAGUAGUAGUAGUAGUAGUAGUAGUAGUAGUAGUAGUAGUAAUCUAAUAAAGUCAUAUACAAUAGUGUCACAGUCACAGUGGACAUUUUAUACUUUAAAUACUUUAACUACAUUUUAUUAAUUAUAGUUACAUACCUGUAUGGAAGUAACAUUUUAAUGCAGUACUUUUACUUGUAACGGAGUAUUUCUACAGUGUAGUAUGAGUACUUUUACCCCAGUAAAGGAUCCCAACCCUUCCUCCACCAUCAGUCUUCCAAUUAAAAAGUCUUCAAGUCCUGAACUGAACCUGAGAGACGGAGACACCCAGCUACUGACGUCAUCACCGAGCUGGCUAAUGGUGCUUUCAAGGACACUGGGAGAUUUGAUAAUGGUUAUGUAUUUGAGCGCGCAGAAAAACAACACAGGCUGUUAACAGGCAUCAGAUGCUUAUAUUCAAUGCGUUUUUAAAGACCUUUUAAAAAUGUUUCUUUUAACCAAAUUGAAAGCAGAUUUUUGAACAAAUCUUGUUUUUUUUAUUGAAGCACUGGAGGGAAGUAUAGAGGUAAAUAGACCAAGUGUAUAUAUAUGUGGUGCUGUGCAGAGGUAUGUUUUAUAAUAAUAAUAAUAAUAAUAAUAUGGCUAUUUGAGUGGCGUAGGUUAAUCUACAUUUUGUCAACAGGAAAAUGCAAAUAUACAGUACAAAGACGGUAGUCAUUGGGAGGUUUAAAGAAAUGCUGAACUACAAUAUUCCAGUCAUUGGUAGCUGUGUUGUAAUUCUGCCUGUGUGGACGUUUGUCAUUUGUCCAUCAGUUUACUCAAAACUAAAAGGAAAAAAAGUUAAAUGCCUGAGGAAAGUAAUGUUUUUGUCACUAUUAUAGACCAAAAAGGGGGAAAAAGCAGAAAGUUUGCAGAAAUGUGGACUUUGUUGCAGAAGAGCUGGCCUCAUUAUGACAAAGCUACAUAAAUGAAAUUACAUAAAAUAUUUGUGGCAUUUCAGAUGGCACAAAUUUAAAUUUGGGACUAUUAAAUGACUUUUAAGGCCUAAUAUUUAUAAAAUUGGAUUGAAGACACCUGGUAACAAAGCUGUACUGCAAUGCUGUGACACUGAAACACAACUCAUCAAGAAAACAAUAAAUGAAUAAGUACAAAAACAGAAAUAAAUCUACCAGUUUCACUACCCAUAUCAUGAAAACCUGAAUUAUUAAGAAUUUAAAAAUACGACAUUUGGGAGAGGAAUUGAGAAAUUGAAAAUAUUAAGCUUGGUUAUAACAUAUAUUAGGAAUUUAAGUUUGACACUUCAAGUUCUUCAUUCUUAUCAUACGCACAAGAAUAACAGCAACAGUUGAUGGCGAUGAAAAUCUUAGGGACUGUUCUUUACUUAUCAGAGGAGGAGGUGGCUGGGGUGUGACUUCUGACAACUUGCCAUAAAUCAGUUAUUCCAGUUUUAGAACGUAACCUUUGAUGUUUGAAAGUUAAAAGUUGAAGAUGAAAUUGUGGAGUUGAAACCCCCCUCCCUGCGGAUUUUCACUCUUGUCGUUCAUGCUGGUUAGUUUGUGCAAACGGUUUAUUUUUGGCCAAAUAUUAAAUGUGACAAAGAAUAAAGUGGUUUUGAUAGAAUAUCACUAUUUUAAGCUCUGACCUGGUAUGUGUUUUUUGUCUGACGGAUGCAUUUGAAAAUUAGAAAAUCUAACAAUAAUUCGUGUUUUUACAGUUUUCUGAUGAUGAUAAAAUUGUAAUUUUGGCGAUUUUUAAAAUAAACAUUGGUGGU